AAAAUGAAAAAGAAAACAAAAAAUUGAAAACCUUGAACCUGGUAGACCAGCUGUGACUGUCGGCGAAAAACCAAGCACACCCAUAAGCCCUCCUCCUCCUCCUCUUCUUCUUCUCUCUCUCUAAAAAAACUCUUCAUUUAAUUCAAGAGAGAGAAAGUGUUUGUGUUUUUGUGCUGUGUCUUGCUUUGUUCUUAGCAUUCAUUGGCAAUAAAGAUUGAAACUUUCAAUCUUCUUUAUUGUGAUUCUUCACAAAUAUCAUCAAGGGUAUGUUAUUGUGGUUGCUCAUUGUUGAAUGAAAACCAUAUCAGAGUAAGAAAAAUUCUCAUAGAAGCAAUGUAGAAGAAGCUUGUUUCAGCAAUUUGAUGUGGAAAGUAACGAUUUUGAGAAGUGGGAAAUGGUGUGAGAUUGGUUACUAAAAUUGGGUUUCUUUUUGUUUGGAGAAUUGUGUGAACAAUGGAAUCUAAGAUGGAUCAGUAUGAGAUCAUGGAACAGAUCGGUCGUGGAGCUUUUGGUGCUGCUAUUCUUGUUAAUCACAAGGCUGAGAAAAAGAAAUAUGUGUUGAAAAAAAUCAGGCUUGCUAGACAGACUGAACGGUGCAGAAGAUCUGCUCAUCAAGAGAUGGCUCUUAUUGCAAGAAUCAAGCACCCUUACAUUGUAGAAUUCAAAGAGGCUUGGGUUGAGAAAGGCUGCUAUGUCUGCAUUGUCACCGGAUACUGUGAAGGUGGAGACAUGGCUGAACUAAUGAAAAAGUUAAAUGGUGGUUACUUUCCUGAGGAGAAACUCUGCAAAUGGUUCACUCAAUUACUUUUGGCGGUGGAAUACCUUCAUUCAAAUUAUGUUUUGCAUCGCGACCUAAAGUGUUCCAACAUCUUUCUUACCAAGGAUCAUGAUAUCCGCCUCGGAGAUUUCGGGCUUGCGAAGACACUAAAAGCAGAUGAUUUGGCUUCUUCGGUGGUAGGAACUCCGAAUUACAUGUGUCCUGAACUUCUCGCAGAUAUUCCGUAUGGAUUCAAAUCUGAUAUUUGGUCAUUAGGUUGCUGUGUAUACGAGAUGGCCGCUCAUCGCCCAGCCUUUAAAGCUUUUGAUAUGGCAGGAUUGAUAAGCAAGAUAAACCGUUCCUCUAUCGGUCCUUUGCCUCCGUGUUAUUCCCCUUCAUUGAAAAUACUAAUAAAAGGCAUGUUGAGAAAAAGCCCCGAGCAUCGACCAACGGCAUCUGAGGUGUUGAAGCAUCCUUAUUUGCAACCUUACGUCGAUCAAUAUCGUCCGUCUUUCGCUCCUCAAACAGCCUUUUCUCCUGAAAAACCGCUUUCUUCUGUCAACGAUACCAAAAAACAUAUGGCUGAAAGUCAGAACAGUACCGGUUCAAGUAGUGACAAAGAUAGUUUAAUGUCAAUUGAGAGAAACAUUGCAACGGAAACGACAACAACGCUAAAGAGUGAUAGCAAAGCCACUGAGAUAGAUGUUGCAUUAAUCAAUGAUGAUGGCUCGGAGCAAGAGGCGAUAAAAUCUUCUCAUAAUGAACAAUGUUCUAAUGUUGAAUCUAAACAGCCAAAAACAAUCAGAAAUAUAAUGAUGGCAUUGAAGGAAGGGAGAGGUAGAGAUGCAACUUCUCCAAUGAGGGGAAGUCGUGUAAAGGCCGUUGGAGUAUCGACGCAGAAAGUAAAUACAGAAGUAUUGUCUAAGUUGCCUAAACCUACUUUCAUUUCUCCUGGUUUGAAGCCUAAUUUAGAGUCACCGGCUGUUCCACUUGUAAAGGCAACCCUUGAUUCCGCAAAGCGAAUACAAGGAUCAUAUCAUUCAAAGCUCCAGUUACUAAUGACAGAGCCAUCACCUAAAGUUAAAUCAAAACAUGAUAUGACUCCACUAUCUGGUUUGAUAAAACAACUAGAAGGAGAUGGAGUUCCUCCUAGGCCAAGGCAAAGAACUCCCCCGAGCUUACUUCGACGACCUUCUUUUGCAGGACGAAUGAAGCUGGCAGGGGUUGAUGUUCCAAAUGCAGCGAAUGAUAGCGGGAAGCUAGGUCCAAGUAAUUCAGGCCAGGAAUCUCAGAUGAGCCACUGUCAGAUGUUUAACGGUGUUCCACGUAUUUCUAGACAGAUUACUAGAGAACCUCAUAAGGCUUUUGAAAGAAGUUCUAAAGGAUUGCAAACAGACAGUAGUAAUUCUGCCUCGUCUUCGGUUUCGAUUCAAGGAUGUGAACUUGCUGACGAUGCAACAACUUUUAUUGACAUGCGAGAACAUAUACUUCCCAAUCAUGACAAUAUAACAAACAUUAUAGGUGUGGAAUCACGUCCAGACAGCAGCCAGUCGACAACAUGUUCGCAUUGUAAGAUGGCUGAAGAAAUGUCCGAGGAUUCCAAUGAAGUAACCCUGAGUUUUAAGAAUACUAUUAGUAGUGAUGAAAAAGUGAGUUCCAAUUUAACUCUUGAUGAUCUCCCAGUUGAGAAUUCUAAGAAAAUGUUUGGUUCGGAAGAUAGUCUUCCGAAAAAUCAGACAACUAGAUCUGUUGACGCAUCUACUGAAGCGGUAGAAGAAAUCAAAGAUCUUCGAGAUAUUUCUAAGGAAAUGGCUUUAACCAAGUCUCUCAAAAAUCCACCCUCAAUCUCUGGAGAAAAAUCUGUUUGUGAAGAAUUUGGUUCGGUAAACAAUCUCAAUAAUAGACCUGAAACUGUCACUGGUGAUGAAAAAUUCACGGUGAAGGAUCGACUGUCAUUGGUCACUGAAACAGCUCCUGUAAUUACUGCUACUAAAAUAUCUAGCCAAGAACGGCCAGAUACUAGUCAUCUUCCUGCAGCCUUUGACGAUAUCAUCCAUGUUAUUCGCCAUAGUAGUUACCGUGUUGGGAGUGAUCAACCGGUAAAAGAAUCGGUGGAAAUGGGAGUUCAGAAUGUCGACGUUGGCAAGUUUAUCAAUGCUAUGAGAGACGACAUAGAAAUGAGAAACAUAAGCUCUCCUAUGACUCUUAAAUCUUCAACUUCCUCUGAAUCCGCUACCUUGAAAUCAAAUAUUUCCGACCAGUUCGAAAUGAGAAAUGCGAGCACAAGUUUCUCCGACGCCGAGAGCUUGAAAUCGAGUGUCUCCGAUCAUCCUAGCCUAAAGGAACAAGAAGUGAACAACACUGUUUCUUUAGUUUCAGAAUCCGAUUCAGCUGAGCAUAGUAAAUGCAACACUCCUACAACCACCGAAGACAAACCACCACUGGCAAAGGAAAUACUCGACGUGAAAUCUUUUCAGCAGAGAGCAGAAGCACUCGAAGAGCUCUUGGAAUUGUCUGCAGACUUGUUGCAGCAGAACAGAUUGGAGGAACUUCAAGUUGUUCUAAAGCCAUUUGGCAAAGAUAAGGUCUCGCCGAGGGAGACAGCAAUUUGGUUAGCCAGGAGUCUGAAGGGAAUGAUGUCGGACGAAAACGGAAGACGCGGUUCAUCAUAAGGUAUCUUAAUUCUUACCUGAUGAGUUUGUUUUGUAAUUGAAUGCUUAAAAUUUGGUUUUAUAGUUCAUAGCUCUAUUCAAGCACCACUUGAAUUUUGAAGAGAAAAAUGUUACUUUGGCUUUGUUGCUGGUUCUUGAAUUGUUGUAAUUCUUUCAGUACUUUUAUGAUGCUGUAAAUAGUGAUCAUACGAAUUAAUAAUAUCAACUUAUGAUUAAUUGUAUGGA